CAGAAGCAAAGCGUGAAUCAUAUUACGUAUACGACGCGUAUUAGUGACAAUAAAAAGACCAAAAUAACAAACCCCAAAACAUAAGUGAGAACAAGAAAAUGGAUUUGAGCCGAGAAACAUUGAGUGUCAGUGCGCUGCUUGUCAGCCUGUUUAUCAUGUGGCAGCUGGACUGCUGCGCCGGCUAUGCCAUUGGCCAGGCCAAGUUUGGCAACAUUGAGAAGUUUCCCUACCAAGUGAUGCUCAUUGGCAAGCAGCUGUGGCGCAAGCGCAUCCUCUGUGGCGGCACGUUGCUGGACAAUCGCUGGGUGCUCACAGCUGGCCACUGCACCAUGGGCGUCACCCACUUCGAUGUGUACCUGGGCACCCGCAGCGUUGAGGCCACCGAGCAGCUGAAUGGCCUCGUGCUGCGCACGAAUAAGUUUAUCGUUCACGAGCGCUUCAAUCCGGAGACGGCGUCCAAUGACAUUGCCCUGGUCAAGCUGCCGCAGGAUGUGGCCUUCACGUCGCGCAUACGACCCGCCGCUCUGCCCAGCAGACAGCGCGCGGAGCAGUUCACGGGCCAGAGCGUGGUGGCCAGCGGCUGGGGCGCCAUGUCCGAGAUGACCAACUCGGAUGCCAUGCAGUACACCGAGCUGAAAGUGAUCUCCAAUGCCGAGUGCGCCGAGGAGUACGAUGUCGUCACAUCGGGUGUGCUCUGCGCGAAGGGCCUGAAGGAUGAGACAGUCUGCACCGGCGACUCGGGUGGGCCACUAGUCCUGAAGGGCACCCACACGCUGGUGGGCAUCACGAGCUUUGGCCCAGCUGAUGGCGAGGCUGGCGGCGGCUGCGAGCGCACCAGCGUGCCCGGCGGCUUUACGCGUGUCACCCACUACCUGAACUGGAUCGAGAGUAAAAUUGGCAGCCACAGACAUCUGCAGCAGCCGCAGACGCAG